UGAACAACUCUUGUGCUAGCGAGAAUAGCAUGAUAAUGUGAAUGUGAUGGGGAUUUACAGUCUGCUGCCGUUCCUUCAAAAGUAAAUACAAUACGAGAGAUGCCGCGACACCCGGUCGUUGAGUAGAAUGGCCUUACAACCAUUUACCAAUGAACAAUUGAAUUAUUUCAAGUUUGCUUUCAUCGUGCUGAAUGAAAUUCCUAAAGCAUUACGGCAAACUGUUGAACAGAUGUGGAACACUACCUAUGCGUCACACCCUGGUUUUCAGUCCUGGGAUGACUCUAAUGCUGUACGUAACUUGUUCUUAAGUACUGAAGGUGGAGCAUCCAAAGUCCCAACACAUCUCUCCUAUGAUGAAUGGGAUUGCACAGACCUGUUCCAGGCCACCAUCUAUGCGCGGUCCUUUGCUUUGCUAGAUAGUAAAGGCCAUCGCAGGACACUCUUUGAUUUUUAUUUGAGGUCCUGUAAAUUACCACGCGGUACUUUCCAUUCCUCUGUAGUUAGCUCGACCGGAGAUGACGCAGAAACCUUUGCACUGGCGAUCAAUCAGCUUCGUUUGUUGAGAAAUUCGCUCUGUCAUUUAAAUAAAUCUGAAUUGGAUAAAAUAACAUUUGAUCGAUACGUUCAACUCGUAAAAGACGCGAUUAAAGCCCUUGGAGUCAAUACUGACCCUAUUGAUGCUGUUGGAAGUUUGACUGAGUCUGACUUUCCCACCGAGAAAGUUCAGAAGUUAGAAGAUGACGUCAGAAAAGAGCUUCAAAGAAGAAACGAAUUCCUCCAUGGCGAAGUUAUUAAUGACUUGAAGCUCUUACAGAAAUCUCAAAAGGAAGGUAAUGAAGAGCUAAGUAAGAAAAUGGAAUCUGCAAAUGCCACUAUCAAAGGCAUGAUUGAAACUAAGUUUGCCGGGCUUCAAACUGAAAGCAGAAUGGUCAGAGAAGAUGUUCAAGAUGAGCUACAGCUUCUACGGGAAUCACACAAAGACGACACCGAGAACCUGAAAGAGGCAAUCACUAAGAAAAUUAACGGGUUUAGGCAAGAGAUGAAAGACCUUCUGAAGGAGUCGCAAAGUCCUGGGUAUAAACCACGUUUUUCACGAUUGAAUCCUCCUCCUCCUCAUUUUACUGGCCGUGAAAAAGAAUGUGAAGAGAUUAUUGGUCACUUGACUUCUGAUUCGACGCAAAUCGUAACAGUCUGGGGGUCACCAGGGUUUGGAAAGACGUCUAUCGCAAUCGCUGUGGGUCAUCAGCUUCAAAAGCUCGGUCUACCUGUCUAUUUUAUCUCAUUACGCGGACUAAAUUCAAAAGGUGAUUUGAUGUCGAAAUUACUUAGCCACUUUCGAACUGGUGAAUCGAAAAAUCAGAGUUUGACACCUGCCGAUGAAAUUGGUUUCAUUUUUGAAAGGCUAUCGGAUCAAUGUGUGCUGAUGCUUGAUAAUGCCGAUGAUUUGCUUGAAUGUGGCGAGCCAGAUGUGAAAGAGGAGACUAUAAAUCUACUGAAAGAUAUCCUCAACCGCAGCGAAAAGGUCAAAUUUCUCUUAACUACUCGGGAGUCAUUGGCCUAUUUGAAUAUGUUUCUACAAGGACACAGGUCCACCAGAAUAGGAGAACUCGACAAGUCAUCCUCGAAUGCCUUAGUAAAAAAGCUACUUCCAGAAGGGAGCUCUUCUGACGCAGUUAAAAUCGUGCAGAAGUGCGGGCAGGUGCCCUUAGCCAUGUGGUUGUUUUGUAAGCCGCUCUCUGACGAAUCCGUCCGAUGUCGUGCAGAUCUUGAUGAAUUAAUGCUGUCUGAAAGUAGCCUACUUGAGUUGCUGGACAACCCAGAAUAUCCCAGUGAUGCAAGGCUUAAAACCCUAUUUGAAUCGUCUUUCCAGAGACUGUCUUCGCAGGACCAAGAGGCACUGGUGUCUUUGAGCGUUCUUCCAGAAACAUUUGAUCUUGAGAUUGCUACAGUUGUUUUAGGACUAGAGAGAUCCACCGAAACUAAGCAAGUUUUGAGAAGACUGGAAGGGAGGGCUCUCAUAGAUAGAUGUUCAAAUUCCGGCAAUUUCUCCAUUCACAAACUUCUACAAUCCUUUGCAAAAGACAAGGGUACACGUGAGAUGGAAGAAACUAUUUUGACUGCAAACACUCGCUUUUUAUUAUUCUACAUCGACAUGGCUGAGAAACUCAACGAGAUGUUCCUGACAGGACAGUCCAUGAAAGCAUUGAUCGAGUUCUUCGACAAUGAAAGAAUCAUUGUAAAAAGUUUGAUGGAUGGCUGUACAAACGAAAAGGUAGCGAACAGAGUUUUUCAAUUUUUGGCAAAAGCAGAGUUUUUCCUUGAUACUGCUUAUAGCGACAACCAACCUAAAUUUGACACGACUUUUCAAACAGCAAUAGAGGCAGCUGAUCAGCUUGGACGAAGUGCUCUCCACAGACAACUACUUCAGUCCAAAGCGUUCGGCUUUAUGACAUUGGGAGGAUGUGGGAAAACAAAGCUGUUGCUUUCAGAGGCCAGUAGACUUCAAAGUUUAACCACUACCCAUUGUUCCGAAGAAAAAGGCAAACACUUGUGCUACUCUGGCAUCUAUCAGCUUGUGAUAGGAAAGACGGAAGAUGGAGUUGCAAGUUUAAAAGGAGCUAUUUCUCUUCUGGGCAAAACUGCCGAGCACAAAGUUUUGAGACUUAUAAUACUUCAAAUCCUUGCGAUUUUUUAUCGAUGCACAAAAGGCAAUUAUGAGAUGUCAGCCAUGUUCUAUGACAGAGCAGUGCAGGAAUGCAGAGAUGCAGAAGACAUGCAUUUUUUGGUAAUUCCAGAUAAUAACGGACAAGCAAAUUAUUGGGACGAACGAAGAGCAUCCUCAAGUGCAGACAAUCUUGGAAACGAACCCAUUGAAGUUGCAGUGAUGUAUUUUGUGGUCAGCGCAAUUGUAAAAAUAUCUUCAACUGAAAUUACCGAUUUUUCAAUCAAGUUACUGCUCAGAAUGCUUCAAGGCAUCGAGUUAACCAAUGAAAUGACGAAACCUGGCUGGUUUAAAUUUCAAGCAAACACCAUUAGUAUGUUGAGUACCUUCCAUAAGUAUCAGGAAGGCUUAUCAGCAACUCAGAAACUAAUAACCUACCACCUAAACUCAUUGCAAAAGGGAACGACAACUGAUAAAAGCCUUACCUCAAGUCCACACAAAGAGGCUCUAGCAGAGUGUUAUUUGCUUCAAGGAAACAAUCAACAUUGCCUAGGUCACUUCUCAGAAGCUUUCACUUCACAAAAGCAUGCUCUAACCAUCAUCUUAGAACUCUUCGGUGAAGAACAUAAGACCGCCGACAGCUACCAUGAGCUGGGGGAUACCCAACAUAUGCUUAGAGAUUACACAUCAGCCACUGAGUCACUGAAGCGAGCACUGAACAUCAGACAAAAGGUAUUGGGUGAAGAUCAUGAAAAGACCGCUGACAGGAACCAUAAACUGGGGGUUACCCAAUAUAUGCUCAGAGAUUACACCUCAGGCACUGAGUCACUGCAGCGAGCACUGAACAUUAGACAAAAGGUAUUAGGUGAAGAUCAAGAAAAGACUGCUGACAGCCACCAUAAACUGGGGAUUACCCAAUUUAUGCUUAGAGAUUACACUUCAGCCGCUGAGUCACUGAAGCAAGCACUUAACCUCAGACAAAAGGUGUUGGGUGAGGAUGAUGAGAGGACCGCUGACAGCUAUCAUGAGCUUGGGAUUACCCAAAUUGAACUUGACGAUUACACAUCAGCCAUUGAGUCACUUAAGCAAGCACUAAACAUCAGAAAAAAGGUAUUGGGUGAAGAUCAUGGAAAGACCGCUGAAAGCUACUAUAAACUGGGGGUUACCCAGUAUUUGCUUAAUGAUUACACCUCAGCCACUAAGUCACUGAAGCGAGCACUAAACCUCAGAUAA